AUGAAACUCCUCACCUCCGCGGCCGUAAUUCUCUUUCUGCUUUUCGCACCAGCGGACAACUUCUCAGCGGUCGCGGACCGACGAAACCUUCGUCGCUGGCCGCGCUCAGGCGUGUUGGAUGCGCGUAGUUUUUCGGAGUUGCGCCACUGGAGGUCGUCGUCGGGAGCCUCUUCAGCCGGCGGGUGCUCGCUGGAUCUCUUCACGCACGACGGCGCGAGCACCAGCGCCAAGACUAAAGUCAAGAGUCGGCGUGAAACUGAGCAGUUCGUCGAGCAAGUCUUUCAGAGGAGACGGACUGCAGCUCGGCGCUGCGCCUCUGGCCAAGAGAACGAAUGCGAAACACCCGACAAGCCGAUCUGGGAAGCGCUCGGACUCCAACAACCAGAGCCCUGCCCAAAGAUCCAGACCUUCCACCUAGAGGCCGCAUGCGACGGCGAGCCAGGGACGCCACCGGCGCCCCCCCACGAGACGUCGCAGGGCACCACGGGGCGCGCAGAAGCCAUCACCCCACACCUGCCUCACCAGUCUGGUUCAGAAAACUCGUCGCACCCGGCGGCCGGCGUGGAGAGGGAGCCCGCAGCGGAGGAAGGGCACGGAGAGCCCGAGCAGCUCGGCAGGCAGCAGAGCGACCUCCCGGCGACCGCGCCGCACGCCUACUCCCGCGGAAAGGAUCGCGAAGCGGAGACGCACGAGGCUGGGUCAUUUGGCGGGGAUGAGUCUUCGCGCGACGGCGACAGCACCGCUGAUUCACAUCCCCCGGGGUCGCACGUGUCGGAGGUCGUGUCCCAUUCAGAGAUGCCUCAUUCGGGAGGAGACAGCGAGCAGCACCGAAUGGAUAACGCUGUGCACGAACGGGCUGAUGUACACGGCCACACGGAUGCCACUGAACACACCUCUGGCGAAGGAGCCGAUCAUCCCUACGGCGAGGCGCCCGAGAGCGAUGGUGAGGCGCAGCACCAUGAAUCGAAGGCUGGGGACAGAGGCCACGCGCACGAGGCCAUGCAGGCGGAUGCCUUGCAUGACGACGACGAGAAAGAGCAUUCCGAGGAAGGCGUCGGAGGCGAGCAGAACCCCAUUGUAGACGGAUCGCGAUCGCACGUUCCUGAGAAUCCACAGGCCUUCGCCGAGGUGGGCGCGCAGAACAUUUUCGCCGCGAUCAAGGAUAUAUUUGGCAACGGCGUUGACAUCACAAAUCCGCAGAACUUCGAGGGAGGUAACCAAGGCUCCUAUUUUGACUUUAUGUAUCCGCAAAGCACGGACUACCCGUGGGCAUGCGUCUGCGACGAGUCGCAGUACAAGCGCUGGGAAGCCAACGAAACGAAGGCAGUGCCGUGCAGAAACCAAGUAGAUAUGUCCGCACAAGGCAUCACUGCGGCGUGCAACCCGAAAAACCACAAGCUGAACGAUGCUGACAGACACGGAGGAAGUCUGCUUCUUUCUGUGGGCGUGCCCGCGCUCGCCACUGUCGGUAUCCUGCUGCUGGCACGAUGA